UUGGGUGGAAAGUGUUGUUUGCAGAAAUUUAGCUAGGAGCUUAGCAGAGGAGGUGUCAGUCUCCAAAAAACAAAGAGGUUGUUUGUGGGAGCCGCAGGACCUUCGCUGUUGUCGUCAGGUCACGACCCGCUAAGAUGGCAGAGCUGAGGCACCGUGGACCCAAAGACAGCGACCCUACGUUUCAGCAGCAGCCGUCAGAGGACAAGGGUUCGGACAAUGAACUGAAGGCAGAAAAAGAGGGGGUGUCAGACAGUGAGUCCAAAGUGGACUCUGGUGUCCCAGAGGUGCCGGUCCCUCCUGACGACACGCCUGAGGUUUUAAAUAAGGCGCUGUCUGGACUCUCUUCAAGAUGGAAGAACUGGUGGGUGCGAGGCAUCCUAACACUAGCCAUGAUCUCCUUCUUCUUCUUCAUCAUCUACUUGGGCCCCAUGGUGCUUAUGAUGAUUGUCCUCUGUGUCCAGAUAAAAUGCUUCCAGGAAAUCAUUACCAUUGGUUACAGUGUGUACCACUCCUACGACCUGCCGUGGUUCAGGACAUUGAGCUGGUACUUCCUGCUGUGUGUGAACUACUUCUUCUAUGGUGAGACCGUGACAGAUUAUUUCUUCACACUGGUUCAGAGGGAGGAACCCCUUCGCAUCCUCAGCAAAUACCACCGCUUCAUCUCCUUCGCGCUCUACCUCACAGGUUUCUGUAUGUUUGUGCUGAGUUUGGUGAAGAAACAUUACCGCCUUCAGUUUUACAUGUUUGGUUGGACCCAUGUGACUCUCCUGAUUGUUGUGACCCAGUCUCACCUCAUCAUUCACAACCUGUUUGAGGGAAUGAUCUGGUUCAUUGUGCCCAUUUCUUGUGUGAUCUGUAAUGACAUCAUGGCCUACAUGUUUGGUUUCUUCUUUGGGCGAACCCCUCUUAUCAAGCUGUCGCCUAAGAAGACUUGGGAGGGCUUCAUCGGUGGAUUCUUCUCCACCAUAGUUUUUGGAAUCAUGCUCUCCUACGUCAUGGCUGGCUAUCGCUACUUUGUGUGUCCGGUGGAGUUCAACAACGAUUCCAACAGCUUCCAGGUGGAUUGUGAGCCAUCAGAGCUGUUUCAGCUCCAGGACUACUUCCUCCCCAGUAUGCUGGAGUCUGUCACCGGAUGGACCACAGUGCGCCUGUAUCCAUUCCAGAUCCACAGCAUUGCCCUCUCCUCCUUUGCCUCCAUCGUGGGACCCUUUGGUGGCUUCUUUGCUAGCGGCUUCAAGAGAGCUUUCAAAAUCAAGGAUUUUGCAAAUACCAUCCCAGGUCACGGAGGCAUUAUGGACAGAUUUGACUGCCAGUACCUCAUGGCCACAUUUGUUAAUGUCUACAUUGCUAGCUUCAUUAGGGGCCCUAACCCCACCAAGGUGAUCCAGCAGCUCUUGGCCCUCCGUCCAGAUCAGCAGCUCUACAUCUUCAAUUCCCUGAAGGCUCACCUGACCGAGAAAGGCCUGCUGCCAGCGCUGGAGGAGGCCGCCGCAGCUUAGAGCCGCCAACAACCGCAGCUGGCUCGCCCUAAGAGGAGGGGAGAGACGGGAAAGGAGGGCAGCGGCACCCAGGGAGCCCCGCGCACCCCUGGAGCUCUGGGAAGACUCAGUGCUUUUGCGUGAGCGAGAACACAUCCAAGAAAAACAAACCGAAAACCACAAAAUCGACAGCCUUGGGUCAUUCCAUUUCAUGUGGGUGUGGGAGUCAUGCUUGUCUGUGUUCCUACAGUCUGUGAAUCAUGUUUCUGACACCAGUGUUUUCAGGUUGAGUUUGUGAAUUACUGUACUUUUACACAUUUCCAUUACCAUCAACCUCUAUCUAGUUACACUGUUAAACAAAAUGUUGGUUUGCUGUACAUUUCUACCUGUACACACAAUAUCCUCUAUAUAUACCUUAUUAUUAAUGUGUGUCGAUAUUUUAUUGUUCUUUUUUAUUAUUUCAAUGCACUGCUCUCAGCGCUGUUACUCACUGUAUUCUUACUCUACUGCACCCUCCCUCUAAUUUAAGGGUAAUUUUCUUUAUUGUGAGUUUUUCUAUUUAUAAAUAGAUGUUUUUAUAUU